UCUCUCCAUCAGCUCACAAGCCGGGUACACUGAGAACCAUGUGGAAGGAAGUACUGCUAGUUGGCUUUGCGAGUGUUGUCCUGCAGGCUCCGCAGGCACAGAGCGCAGCAGAGAGCGUACCCUUCCACGGCUACCUUCCAGGCGAGAAUGUCAGGGCGAAGGCACCCGAAGGAGACGGAGGCCCCAAUGACAUCUACGCCCAUCUACCUGUGCGGCGUCCAGAGCUGGACGACGACCAGGUAGUCAUCUACCCGCACAGUCUGGUCUUCGAGUACGGCCAAGACCCAGAGCAUCACAUCUACGAAGUGCACUCGGCCAAGGAACUGGCCAAUCUCGCACACUCCAAGCACGACAAGCAUGGCAAGCACGCACACGACCACCACCAUCACGAUAAGGGCACCAAGGAAGCAGCAGACAAAGGCACACCCAAGAACCUCAAGCCCGCUCCUCCUGUCAGCAACUCUGUUCCUCCUCCUCCUCCUCCUCCUGCACCUGCUCACCCCCACCCCCACCCACCUCACCAUCCCCGUUCCUAUGGCCCUCCCCCUCCCCCUCCCCAUGGAUCCUACCCUCCUCCUCCCGGCGCCUAUCCUCCUCCUCGUCCCUAUCCCUACCAAGCUCAUCACGGUUAGAUAGGUGACCCUCACCCCGCUUCUGUAUAUAACGCUGUCAUUCUUCCUCCUCUAGGCUUAGGUUCCGAUGCCCAUUUCAUCUCGCCAGCUUCCCCUUUCACACCCCCGUCCUUAUAACAUUCGUGUCCGAUUAACUGUAAAUAUCCUGUAGAGAAAACUAAUCCAGUUUAUGGGAGUUUAAAGCCACGCAGUUCUCCAAGGAAAUUAUUUUCACUGCUCAAUCCUAAAGUGUGGUUCCCCAUGAACAAAAUCCUGAACUCCCCAUCCUAUCGUUCCGUCAUGUCCCUACGUCGUCGUCGGCAGGUGUCAUCCUGCCUUUCCUUCCCCAGUGCUUGAAUGCGACGCACUAACCAUGCCCUUUGCCAGAAACAGCAUCCUUGCCGUAUCCUCGUCUGCCCCCGUCGCCCUGUCACAUCGUUACCCCGUCAUUACUGUCCCAAGUCCUGUACCCCAGAGUCCUGCCGCUCUCCACGUCUAACGGAUGAUGACUAACAAUUAUGCUAGUUGAGCUCCUUCGCCAGGCUACAGACCCUACCCCUGUCUUAUCACAUGCAUCCCUGAUCCCUUCAUUUACUAACGGUCUCAUGUCCAUUCGUCUCCAGUCUCCUUUUUGACAAGGAAACUCGCAGACAUUCUUGGUUCUCCCGGAUCUCCCAAGUCCUGGGCAGGGUCAAAGACUUUACCCUCCAGCCUAACCCGUCAUAGCCUUCACCUAGUCUUCCUGUCAGUUUUUCACAGCUUAAGUGAAGCUGGAGGAAGCUUUAUCCCAAUCCCUAUUCCCCGCCCUGCUCCCAGCUAAGGUAUUAUCAGUACUAAUAUCAUUACUAUGAGAAUUUCUCUUAUUAAGGGAAUAUCUCACGAUGACUGCGUCCUAAAUAGAGAUUUUACACGUUUCAUGUUUAGGUCAAUCAUGCUACAAGUCCUUCGUCCUUAUCCUUCACAUCCCCUGCCCUGCAUCCUCGGCUAGACUCCUUAACCAACCCAUCCCAUCCUGAAGAAGGUCCUCACCGUAUCCUCUCACCCCACCCUGAAGAAGGUCCUCACCGUAUCCUCUCACCCCAUCCUGAAGAAGGUCCUCACCAUAUCCUCCCAUCCCACCCUGAAGAAGGUCCUCACCGUAUCCUCUCAUCCCAUCCUAGGAUUGUAACUCCCCAAACCUUUGAUCCUCACGCCUCCCAGAAGAUAUCCAAACGUCCCAAUCCUUUUCCAAAUACCCUUGGCCUACAACCUUUUCUGGAACUGAGAAUGUCCAAGGCCUUCAUUCUCACAUCCCUGAAAGGCAUCCUGUCAUCUCAUCCUUAUCCUCCCAAAAUUCAAGCCUCGAAUCCUCUCCCGAGAUCCCAGUAUCCUGCAUCCUACGACCUCAGUUCCCACGCCCCUUUGGGGGUUCCCGCCUAUAUCCUAACUCAUCCUUACCCUGUGAUUCCAUAACUAACAGAAGGCAAUGCCAUCAGUUCACAACGCCCUCCCCAAGUUCCAGCAAGGACGCUUAACAUUUCCUGCAAUCCUGCCCAGUUAUCCAGUCCCUUUAUCCUACAAUCAACCUGACCCGAUCCUGCAAAGUUGUCCAUCCUCAUCACCAAGUCCUAAUAUCCUCUGUCCUCCAAGAAGAAACCUCCAGAUCCUCAACUACAGCAAGUUAUCCUCCGACCCAAGUCCUGUCAACCCGAUUCCUGCAGUCCUUCAGUCCUCUUCUUACCGCGAAGAAGGAAGUCUUCCUCAUUCGCCCAGGUCCUCUUCGACCUCAUCCUCAUCCCGGACUUUGUCCUCAUCCCCAGCCUCGUCCUCACCCCGUCUCCGUCUUGAUGAUCACCCUCGUCCUCCUCAGACCUCUUCCUCAUCCCUAACCCUGUCCUCCUCGACCUCGUCCUCCACGACCUCAUCCCUGAUCCCGUCCUCCUCCACCUCGUCCUCAACCCGAUCUCCGUCCUGAUCCUCACCCUCGUCCUCGAUAGACCUCUUCCUCAUCCUUAACCCUGCCCCCCUCAACCUCAUCCUCAACCCGGUCUUCGUCCUAAUCCUCACCCUCGUCCUCGAUCACCUACAUCUGCAACCUGAAGACGGACAUCCCUGCAGCCGGCAGGACUCCACGUUACUAAUGGGCAUUUCCUUUCAACAUGUGAUAUUGUGAUAUGUAUUUAUACGCACAUAUAUAUAACUUAUGAAAUCAAAUGCAUGGUGCUAAAAUAUCAAAAAUGGUAAAAAAAAUAUAAACGUGUGACUGAUGCCAUGAGUAGUCGGUAUGAGUGAAUGCAUAUGCAUUGUAUUUUUUUAUUUAAAUCUUUAUUAAAGAUACGUGACGAAAUA